AUGAUGAGCAGUGGCCACGAUGCAGCCAUGGAGACAGACGACGGCUUCGUCAUGGUCGAAGCUGCAGAUGAUGAUAGAGACCUGCUAGUCCCUGCAGACCAUGGAGAUGCUGCAGACUGUGAGUACUGUGAAGGUGCUGCACAGUUGGUCUUUCUGGAGAUACCAGGACCUGCUGAGCCAGAUGGUCUGGUGAUGCUGAAGGUCUGCUGCAGACAUGCUGCCAGUUACUUGUUGCUGCAGCAAGAUGGAGCAGAGCGGCUGGCACGAAGAGCAGAUGCAGUGAUGGUUUUGGGCGCAGACUCAGCUGCCCCUGCCUGCAGCACGGAGGCGAAUCUGCAGAGUCCUUGCUGCCAGAUGUGUAGUGAGGAGGCGGCAGCCAAACUUGAAGCCACUGUGCAGUCUUGUGAUGGUUUCUCUUAUGUUCGCAGAGUGUGCAGCAUGCUUGUGUGUGGAGAUGCAGACUCGCAGCUUGAAGCUGCAGGCAGUGAAGCGAUUGUAUUAAAGAACUGCAGUGUGCUUGGAGCAGCACCUGCUUUGCAGCAGGCAGGAGAGGUGGUUCUUUCUGAAAGUGAAGAGGUGCAGGAAGCUGAAGACAAGCAGGCGAAGCUGCAGAAGCAAAGUACUCUAGGUAGCUUUUUCAAGGUGAAGGCUGCAGCACCACCGACAAUGCUGCAGCGACUGCUGGAGAACAAGCAAGCAAGAAGUAAGCUGCAGGAAGCGAGAGCGGCAGGACAGCAGCUGGUUCUCUUGACGCCUGAAGAGCUGCAGCAGAAGAUCAGAGAGCAUGCAGCUCUGAGAGGCACGCCUGGCGCACCAAGGAAGCAGCCUGUGCAGACACAGGACUUGGUUGUAGGCCUUGCGAAGAAGAGCAGAGCCUCCUUCAAGAGGAGGCGAGUGGAAGAAACUGCAGGAACCAAGGCCGUCCUUGCAGACGAACUCGUGAAGCUGAGCGAGGCUGCAGCAAGCCCAGCCGAGUUCAAGCGUGUUGCAGUGUCGACUUACCAGAAGCCAUGGAAGACUCUGAAGAAAAUCCUGGAGAAUCGUGAAGUGUGGCAUGAGCGAGCCAAACAGCUGCAGCUUGGAGCCCACGUGCAGACGAAGAGACAUGGAGUAGCGAACCAGCAUCUGAAGCGAGGGAACAUGCUCGGCCGAGGGUGCAGAAAGCAGGGCGCAGGCAGGAAAGAUGCCUUUGCUGCCAACAAGCAGAGAGUCAAGGCUUGGCUGGAGAGAGAGCGAAUGAUGCAGCAUGCAGUGGACGGUACCGAUCUGCUGGAGGCCUUUCUGGACGACCUGCAGGACGAAGUCACCCUUCUGCAGAGGAAGGAGCAAGGCUAUGCAGCCCCUGUGAAGAAGCCAGAGCUUGAUCAGACGGAGUACAACCUGCCUGGUUUCGAGCUCGUGCAGAAUCUUGAAGAGUAUGUGGAGGGCCUGCCGGACAUAGAAGCGAAGCAGAGGCUUGCAGAAUGCAAGGACAGACUGCAGAGGCUCACAGAGAACCUGGUGAAAAGAAAGAGUUUUGGAGCCAGACUGCUGAAGAGUGUGAAGGGGCGACUGCACCGACCGGGCCGCCUCACCACGCUCACGAUGCAGGAAGAAGAGCAGAAUGUCAUGGAAACCUGGAUGGAGUUCGACGCUGCUCUCCAACUCACAGCAUUCGGCAGCGAGGACCUGGUGAUCGGGUGGAGCGACCAGAUACCUUGCUGGUUGAAGAUGAGUCGAGGCCCGCAGAUAUUUGCAGAGUUCGAGAAGGCCAAAAGCUCUCGGCUGAAGACAGCAGACUUCAAGAAGCUGGAGGAGGAGAGGAUGCAGAAGGCCGUCGCAGAAGCUUCAGACCUCCUGCAGCACGCCAAGGAGAUAGAGGAUGAGCAGGGGGCAGCAGACACUGAAGCAGACACUGCUAAGGCAGAAGAGGCAGAAGUUCAGAAGGCUGUGGUCCAGGUCUUGCAGGCCGAGCAAAGUGGUGGAGACACCACUUUGCGGCGAGGUGUAGGUGCUUCCGAAGACGAGAAGUGGAGGUGCACUGUGGAGCAUCGCCUGAUCCUCAAGAACUAUUUGAAGCCAGGCGCAGACCCUCAAGCCGAGCAGCGGCGACCGGCUUUGAUAGUGAAGACUGCGAGCCAUUGCAGACUGAGCAACAUUGCUGAAGAUGGAACGUGGAAAGAGAACGAGCAGUUUGAAGCUGCAGGCAAAGUCUUCGUGAGGGAGAAAGGCCGCAGUGCAGGCAGGAUCCUGGAGCCCUGGAGGAAGAUCCGAUCGCAGGGGCUGCUGCAGAACUGGGAGAUCUACGGGCAGCCAGCUGCGGUGACGGAUUCAGUCAUUCAGCAGUGGAUGUUGCAGGAGCAGGGCCAGCAGUUCCCAUGCAGCAUCUGGGUUCGAGACUCUGUGGGGUCCAGCUGGAGUCCAGAAGUGCAGGUCUCCAUGAAGCUCGCCCGCCAGAUCGGUGUGAAGAUCCGUGGAGGCAUCACCGACCUGGUGCAGCCUACAGAUACAGACUUCGCAAUGAGUCUGAAGGCGAGCUUGAAGGCAGCACAAGCAGAAGAAAAGAAGAGAAUGAAGCAGACUGCUGCUGCCACUGGCUGCAGACCCACCUUCAAGUGCAGUGUUGCUUCGCUUGCUCGCAUGCUGGAUGCAGCCUGGGCUUCGCAGAUGGAGAGAGAGGAGCAGAGACCGUGGAGCUUGCCGUGCCUCCGACGAAAUGGCUACUUGCACUGGAGGCAGAAGCUCGUGCUCGCAGCGAAGCAGGUCUCUUCAUGGCUGAGAAGGCACCGAGAUGAAGCCUUGAAGCAGCUGAAGGACGCGAAGCUUCGUGCAGCCCAGUCCGAGAUCGCCUACUGUCACCAUGAAGGCUAUAGCAGAGCCAGGUUCAAUGGAGAGAAGUUGCUGGAGAUGCACCUUGAAGUCGAAGUCGAAGAACUGGAAGAGGAAGUUCUGCUGCAGGCCCUGCCCUACUUCCAGAGCCUCGACACCAAAGUGCAGAGGAGGCUGAAGAGAGCAGCCUUGCAGCCUGGAGCAGACGAGCGAGAGCGAGACCAGAAGCAGCAGGCCAAGAACAGGGUGAAGCAGAAGAGGAAGCGCAAGGAGCUGAAGGCAGCCAAAGAGGCGCUGCAGGAGUUGCGGAAGACGCAACAGAAGCGAGCUUCUGAAGAGCAUGGCGCCUACUGCAGUGGGGGUCUCUUGCAGCCCGGCAGACCCUCCAAGGAGCAGCAGAAAGCCUUGCAGGGGGACGCGAAAGCCUUGCAGAAAAAGAGCAAGAAGCAGAAGAAGCAGGAGAAGAAGAACCAGAAGAAGACCGAGCUGAAGAAGCAGUCGAAGUACGCUGGAGGCAAAGGCAAGCUGCAGAGGCAGGCCUCAGAGAAGUCCAUGAAGAAGGACAAGAAGCAGAAGGCGGCCCUGAAGGCCAGCAAAGAGGCUUUGAAGCAGUUGGAGUCCGAGUCGCCGGCCCCGCCUGCAGCCGAGCCCUUAGACCCAGCAGAGGAGAAAGUGCAGGUGACGGUUUGCUCGGAACAUGCAGGGAAGCAGUACUACGGCAGAACAGGUGCGGUGGCAUUGUCGGCUUGGCAGGGCAGUGCCGACCUGCUCAAUGUCGACCUGCAGCCUGGCUCGCAGGCCUUCAGGAGGGAGUUCCUGGAGCAGACCAGCAUCUUGCCAGACCUGAAGAUGCUGACCUUGCAGUCUCUGAAGCGGUCAGACAUGCAGAUGUGGCUUCGUGAAGCUGCCCUGAAGACUCUUGGAGACGACCUUGGAGACGAUGUGGAGGUGCCACGAGCAGAUGGCAGCUGGUUGCUGGACCAGCACAUGACUGUAGCCUGGCUGUUCCUUCAAUGGAGUCUCCCAGGCUUGAAGGCCGCUUCCGUGAGCUUUCUGAGGCCAGAUGUGGUGCAGUCCUUUAUCGCACUUGCAGAUCCGACAACCAAUCUGGAGGGAUUGGGAGAUAAAGAGUGGCUUCAGGCAGCCGGGGAAAUGCAGGAGCGAAGGAGAGCAUUCUUGGAGGCAGAGUUGCAGAAGGACUUGGUGUUCGUGCCGAUCUUCGCCGGCCACCACUGGACCCUUGUGGAGAUUUGCAGACUUGGCUCUCUGCAGGUGAAGUACUACGACAGCCUGCAGGUGGAGUCGGCAGCCUCUCGACAGGUGGCAGAGUUCUUCCUGGAGACCUUGCUGCCAGGGGUGCACCUGCCGGCAAGAGCAAAUGCAGCUCGCCAACCUGUAGGCACGGGCCAGUGUGGCUCGUACUGCCUGCACUGGGUGGAGCAGAGGUGCAGGAGCCACUGGCCCACUGCAGCCACUUGGGCUGCGAGAUUGCAGUCGCUUUGCAAAGCUCUGCAGAAGGAGCAGGGCAAGAUCGACGAAGCCAAGCUGAAGGCCCAAGAGAAGCAGAUUCUGGCUGAAGCGAAGGCAAAGCUGGCUGCAGCCAAAAAGAAGAUGCAGGAGGGCGACAUGAAGGACCUUGCAGAGAAAGCUGCAGAAUCCCUCCUGAAGGACCCUGCAGGCAAGCCGUGCUUCGAGAACCUCGCUGCAAACGGGCAGUGCCAGGUCCUGAAGAUCCUGGAGGGGUACACUGGAGGCACCUGCUCAAGAUGCAGGACAGGAGAUGGCUGCCUCUCCUGCAGCAAAUGGAAGGCCACCAGGUACUGGCUGAAGAAGGAAGGCUUCGACAUGGAGCACAUGUAUGGAGCCAGUGGUGCAGUGCUGUACCAGCGAAGCAAGGUGCAGAGGGCUGCACAGCUUGCAGCCUAUGGAGACAAGCAGGCCAAAGCACCGCAGCAGAAGCCCCUUGCAGAUGCAGCAGUAGCUCCAGCACCUGCAGAGACACAGGACCUCCCUGCAGCUCCGGCGCAGCCUGCAGCAGAGCCAGCGACACAGGACCUCCCUGCAGCUCCGGUGCAGACUGCAGCAGAGCCAGCGACACAGGACCUCCCUGCAGAUCCGGUGCAGACUGCAGCAGAGCCAGCGACACAGGACCUCCCUGCAGAUCCGGUGCAGCCUGAGCCUGCAGUAGAGCCAGAGACAUAG